AGAUUCGUUAAAUGGAUAUAAUCUCACACACUCUCGGGAAGAAGAUAUAAUCGAAGACAAGCUUCGUGAUGAAAUCUCUUUUAAUGAGAACCGGUUCGAUGCCGGUUCAAAACCGGUUUAUCCCGUCGACAAUCUCCCGUCACAACUCGGUCGAAUCGCUAUCCACCCACGGCGAUAACAAACUCUCCGUCGGCAGGAUCUCGAUCGACGCCAAGUCCAGGGCGGGGAUGCGGAGGGUGCUAUCGGAAAGCGACGUGAUUCGAUCGGAGAGGAGGACGUCGAAGAGCGUCGGAUCAAAGCCUUCGCCGGCGAGAAUCCCGGAGGACGACGAGACGGAAGAGGAGGAGGAGGAUGGAUUCUCCGGUGGCGGUGGAUCUGGUUUUAGCGGCGGUAGAGGAGAAGACGGAGGAGGCGGUUACGACGGUAGGAGGAGGAUCGGUGAUUACUAUCGGGAGAUGUUGAAGUCGGAUCCGAACAACUCGCUUCUUCUGAUGAACUACGGCAAGUUUCUGUACGAGGUGGAGAGAGAUUUAGAGAGAGCAGAGGAAUAUUACGGGAGAGCUAUACUUGCGAAUCCAGGUGAUGGUGAAGCUUUGUCGAUGUAUGGGAAGCUGAUAUGGGAGACGAAGAGAGAUGAGAAGAGAGCUCAAUGUUACUUUGAUCAAGCUGUUAAUGCUGCUCCUGAUGAUUGUAUGGUUUUGGGAUCAUACGCUCAUUUCAUGUGGGAGGCAGAGGAUGAUGAUGAUGAAGAAGAGGUGAUGAUGGUUGGUGCAUCACCAGCUAUGGUUUCUGCGGUUUAGAAACGGCCUAAAGAGUUGUUAACAGGAAGAAGAAGAGGAGCAAUGGAGAGACUGUGACUUUUAUGUAUUUUGAUGAAUUUUCUAACUCUUUUGUUUUACUUGCCAUGUAAUAGUAAUCUGAAGAGCAAUAAACAUAUAUAUAUAUAUAUAUAUGUGACAGAAAACGAAUGUAAUGAUAUGAUAUGUAAGAGGUAAUAAAAAAAGGCUUUUGUAAUUAAAA